AGAGAAAAGAUUUGGUGCAGCAGCCUCAUUUUCUCUCCAGCAAAGGUUCUGUAUCAACCUCCUUUUUUCGUCUCUUUGCCCAGCAUGUCGGGAGUCGUCAGGUGUGAAAUACUUCAGCGAUGAGCACACAUUUCUUGGGCUCUACAGUUUAGGCGAUUCGUUUAGUUUAACGUGUCCAGACACAUCAUGCUGAGGAAGGGAGACAGAGAAGUCCUCCUGGAUCUGGACUAUGGAGGCGAAGCACAAACCACCGAGAGCUAUGGGAGUCUGCAGAACGGAGUCUACAUCCCCCCAAGAUAUCUUUCAGCAGCAGCUGCUGACGAAGAUAUGGACGGUGACGAUCCCAUUGACCAUCACUGGAAUACAAGAAGUAACCAGCCAGUUCCACAGCCGGGCACAUACUUCAGAGAUGGAAGAACUAAAAUUGACUUCGUGCUGGUGUGGGAGGUUCGCUCACGGAGGAAGAAGCGAGGGAAGGGGAAGAGUGAGGCGACCUGCGAGGAGGGGGAGGCCGUGCCCACUGAGGAGACCAGCCGCUCUGAGCGGAGGAAGGCCCAGCUGGAACAGUGGAGGGAGAAGUUUGUUCAGAACCUUAGGAGUGCUGGACUGCUCAUGGAAAAGGAGGAAACAGCGAAUGAAAAGAAAACAAUACACUUUCUGAAAGUGAAUGCUCCCUGGGAUGUGAUGGUGUGCUAUGCUGAGGAACUCUGUCUCAGAGCUCCAUUACAGGCACAGCCAAAUCUGGAUUUAAACACCUCUGCUCGGGUACUGAGCAGACUAUGCAUACCUAAUGUAAUGACAGAGUCGGUGCCAAACAGGCCACUGGACUAUUACACAUGUGCAUUUCGCAAGUCCAAGAUGAGCAGAUUCCUCGGCGGUGAGGACCAUGAAUCCUACUUCACUAAUACACAGAGACACCGUGUUGUGUAUGAGAUUCUUACCAAGACGGUUUACGGCAGAAAGAAGAGGUCUGAAGUUGGAGUGGACAGACUGAUAAAUGAAGGGGCGUACACUGCAGCGUUCCCCCUGCAUGAGGGCCCUUUUGAACUUCCUAAGUUUGAGAUCCGUCCUGAAGAACUCAACCAGAGGCAGGUUCUUUACCACUACUGGGCCCGCUGGUUCGAAUGGUACAAGUACCAACCUCUGGACCACAUCAGGGAGUACUUUGGAGAGAAGAUUGCACUCUACUUUGCAUGGCUGGGUUUCUACACAGCCUGGCUGCUGCCGGCAGCAGUGGUCGGAACCCUAGUCUUUGUUUCGGGAGUCAUGUCCAUGGGUACCAAUACACCAGCUAAGGAAAUCUGUACGAGUGGAGACACUUAUCUGAUGUGUCCUCUGUGCAACACCUGUAACGCCUGGAACAUGUCUGAAAUCUGCACCAUGGCUAAGAUGGGCUACUUAUUCGACCACCCAGGUACGGUCCUCUUCAGUGUGUUCAUGUCGUUCUGGGCCGUAACCUUUCUGGAGUACUGGAAGCGAAAGAUGUCCACCCUGGCCCAUCACUGGGACUGCAUGGACUUCCAUGAAGAAGAGGAGCGUCCUCGGCCAGAGUUUGCAGCCAAGGCCCCGACUAUGGAGCAGAACCCAGUGACUGGAGUCAAAGAGCCCUACUUUCCAGAAAAAACCAGGCUGACCCGCAUGUUCACAGGCUCCAUGGUCAUCAUAAUGAUGCUGUGUGUGGUGAUGAUCUUCCUGGUGACGGUGGUCAUGUGUCGCGGUAUCAUCAUUGUGAUGAUGUUCCACACUGAGAGCCCGGUCCUGCGUACAGAGGCAGGGACCAUAGCCAACAUCUCCAGCAGUAUCGUGAAUCUGGGCCUCAUCCUGUUGAUGGGCCGGGUCUACACUGCUUUAGCAGAGCAGCUCACUAAAUGGGAGAUGCACAGAACACAAACCCAGUAUGACAAUGCCUUCAUCUUCAAGGUGUUCAUCUUCCAGUUUGUCAACUUCUACUCUUCUCCUUUCUACGUGGCUUUCUUUAAAGGAAGGUUUGUUGGUUACCCGACCAACUAUGGGACCCUGUUUGGGAUGAGAAAUGAGGAUUGUGGUCCUGGGGGUUGUCUCAUUGAACUGGCUGAACAACUCUUCAUUAUCAUGGUGGGAAAGCAACUCAUCAACAACAUCCAGGAGUUCAUUAUCCCUAAAGUGAAGGCCUGGCGCCAGAAGAGAACUUUGGCCAAGGUUCUGGGGAGUAAGGCAUCCCAUGAGCCUCGGCGCUGGGAGGAAGAUUACAAGCUGGUGGAGUGUGAAGGCCUCUUUGAAGAGUAUCUGGAAAUGGUGCUCCAGUUCGGGUUCAUCACCAUCUUCGUGGCUGCCUUCCCCCUCGCUCCGCUCUUUGCCCUCCUCAACAACUGGGUGGAAAUCCGUUUGGACGCGCACAAGUUUGUGUGCGAGUACCGGAGGCCGGUGGCCGAGCGUGCCCAGAACAUCGGAGUGUGGUUCAACAUACUGGAAGCCCUGUCACACUUGUCUGUCAUCGCCAAUGCUUUUCUAAUAGCCUUCACGUCCGAUUUCUUACCUCGUCUGCUCUACCAGUACAAGUUCGAUAAUGAGCUCCACGGAUACGUCAACUUUACCUUGGCUUACGCCCCACUCAACCACACUGACAACUGCAGAUAUAAAGCGUACAGAGACAACAAUGGAAACCACACACUAUUCUACUGGGAGCUCCUCGCUGUCAGACUUAGUUUCAUCAUUGCUUUUGAGCACGUGGUGUUCUUUGUGCUGCGAGCCAUCGACUGGAUCGUACCUGACGUCCCUGAGUCUCUGGAGGUGAAGAUCAAGAGGGAGCGCUACCUGGCCAAGCAAGCACUGGCUGAAAACCAGGAGGCUCUGUUGGUGAGUCGAAACCGAGGGGCUGCCCCUGCCUGUGCGGGCACCGCUAGCCCAGCAAGCCACACAUCCCUUGGAAACAUGAGAUAGGAGUCAACCAUGGAAAAGCAGUGGUGGGAGAGAAUAUCAGAGGAAUCAGAGACACACCUCUGCAUCUGGAAGUCAACUUUUUCCCGGAGGGAAAUACUGUCUUCACAUUUGGAUUCUUUGUCACAAAUGUACACUGCUGCGCGGACAUUAUGAUCAAUAGCUAUGUAAUAGAGGACAGGUCAGUUUAAAAACUUCAGCAUUACUAGAGUAAGAUGUUAGAACAAGGGCAUUUAUUAAUUCUUUUGUCUUGACAAAAAUGCACAAAUACAUCAUAAAUAUAAUUUAAAUUUACAAGAUAAACAAUAUUAAAAUGCAACAAUCUCAAAGUAACAGGCACAAAAUCUACCACAAUGACGCCACAUCCAUGUCAAUAUUUUUACUGUGUUUCUACUGGAUAAUUAAAGUUGCAGCAUAAUAACGCUCUCUCACACUGUCUCAUUGGGGCGAGACAGAUUUUAACAUGACAUGGUUUCACUUGCAGCAGUGUGAGUCAGACUCAGACUGAGGGUUGAACAGUGAACGCCAUAAUGUUUAAGGGAUACUAUGCACUGACAGGGCAAUACAGCAGAGGCUGACCAGUAGUGUGGGUAAGACUCCAUUUAUCUUUAACAUAAUGCAGUUUCAUGGCAAUUUCAUAUAGCAGGAGGAGUUAUUUGGUAAAUCUGGCAUAGUGUGGAGACAAAUCAUUUUGCAUGAAGACUCCCCUGGUAUAUUAAUCGAUACAAAAGAUGAGUAAAAGUAUUUGGAAAUAGUUCUUUCCUUCAAAAGAUACAAGGGUACAAGCCUGUUUAAAGGUUCAGUCUGUAGAAUUUAGUGACAUCUGGUGGUGAUGUUGCAUGUUACAGUUGAAUAUUCCUCAUCGCACCCUCCUCUUCCAAACAUGAAAGAAAAAGGGUUUUAGUUUGUCCACUUCUGGCUACUAUGAAAAACAUAGUGGCUGCUGUAGAGAGGACCCGCUCCCGAUGUCAAUAUAAAGUUUUUAAAUAUAAAGGUCCCAUUCUAGGGUUAAGAAAACCACAAUUCAUAAAAUGUAGAUGAUUAAACUCUAGUGAAAACAUCAUUAGGAUUAUUUACAUUAAGACCCCUUUUACCUGAAUCUAACACAGUGGGCCUUUAAAUACAAAUGAUUCCAAAGCCUCAAAAGGUGCAUUUAUAAAAAUUAUAAAUAACAAAUUUGGAUGAAUGUACUAAAGUGUUUUGAAAUCAUUACCAGUCGUUUUUUUGACCAAGUUCUUCUCCAUAGCAACAAAGGUCGAAGCUCAUGACUAUGGUAUUUACAUGAUAAGCCAUGUCAAACCAGAUACAAAAGAAUUUCUUAGGAACAGAGUUUCUUGGUACUUAUUGAAUUAACUAAUUAAAUUAUACAAUUAACUGUUGACCAUAACAUCAACAUAUUAUGCUUGCACUAUCCAGGAGCGUCCUGUGUUUCUGUGUUGAAGAACAUUUAGGAUUUCAUUUUAAAAAGCAGCUUGAUUAGACUAUGUUACCUGCCUAGUAAACGUUGAUGAUCUGUUGUUGUGACUAUGGGGUAAAAAAUAUGCAAUUAUCUACACCUACAGCUGCAAUGUAUGCACUAUGUUCAUGCAAUGCACAUACUGUAAACUGUCCAUGAAUGCUGAGCAUGCCUGUCUUUUUACUUGAAUCUGCACAGUCCUCAUAUGGAGCAUUUUAGAGAGUAACAAAGGUGCGUACCUGUACAAACAGGAGUGAAACAGUACCUCAGUAUAGGACAUAUUUUGUGUGUGAGCUGUUUUGCAUUAAAAUAAAUCUAGUUUGA